AUGACAAACGACAUUUCCGUCGGCGCUUCGGGCGCCCCCACCAACACCACCACCGACGCCAAGCCGACGUCGACCUUUGCCCUCAAAGCCGGGCUCGCGCAGAUGCUCAAGGGCGGUGUCAUCAUGGACGUGAUCAACCCCGAGCAGGCCCGCAUCGCAGAGGACGCCGGUGCGUGCGCGGUCAUGGCCCUCGAGCGGGUGCCGGCCGAUAUCCGAGCCCAGGGCGGCGUGGCGCGCAUGUCGGACCCCAACAUCAUCAAGGACAUCCAGGCGGCGGUCACCAUCCCCGUCAUGGCCAAGGCCCGCAUUGGGCACGACGUCGAGUGCCAGAUCCUCGAGGCGCUGGGCGUGGACUACAUUGACGAGAGCGAGGUGCUCACACCUGCCGACGACGAGAGCCACGUGGAGAAGAGCGUCUUCUCGGUCCCCUUUGUGUGCGGGUGCCGCGACCUAGGCGAGGCCCUCCGCCGCAUCGCCGAGGGCGCAGCCAUGAUCCGGACAAAGGGCGAGGCCGGCACGGGCGAUGUCGUCGAGGCGGUGCGCCACAUCAAGACGGUCAACAAGCAGAUUGCCCAGGCCAAGGCCGCGCUGGCCGAGGGUGGCGUUGUGCGCGUCCGCGAGUUGGCGCGCAAGCUCGAGGUCGACGCCGAGCUGCUGCGCCAGACGGCCGAGCUGGGUCGUCUGCCGGUGGUCAACUUUGCGGCCGGUGGUGUCGCGACGCCCGCCGACGCGGCGUUUAUGAUGCAGCUCGGCUGCGACGGUGUCUUUGUCGGCAGCGGCAUCUUCAAGAGCGGCGACCCCGCCAAGAGGGCCAAGGCGAUUGUGCAGGCUGUCACGCACUACAAGGAUGCCAAGGUGCUGGCCGAGUGCAGCACGGGGCUGGGCGAGGCCAUGGUCGGCAUCAACUGCGAUGGUUUGCGGGGCGAGGAGAAGCUGGCGAAGCGGGGAUGGUGA